CACAGUUAGCAUCGUAGCUGUUGAGUCUGAGUGUGCAUUCAUCCCUGUCAGUUCUGCAGGCACCACAGUGGCAGCUGAUAGCUACUGGGUAGGUAUAUGCAGGGUUGGAAGUCGAUAGCACAGCCAGGCAGGAUGACUGUGCGAUAUUCCACCUUAUCAUAGGUGCAGCUUCUCUGAACAACAAAGCGUGAGCGGAAAAUAUCCCUCAUGUUGCUGUCCUGUAUGAUACACAAACACAUGGGAAACAACUGAUGAAUGAACCUGUGAAAAACCCAUUUAACUGGGACACAAACAUACAAAGAGUUUGUAUCUAUAUUUGAGUUUCCAAAUAAUAUACUAGAAAUAAUAGCUAAUCUUACCAAAUUUAUGAGUAAACUAGAAAACUGGCCAACAAAAGAUUUGUCAGAAUGAUUAAUCAAAAACUACACAACUACUAUGCAUGAGACUGUAACUAAUAGAGUUAGGUCAUAGCAGAAGUAAUUAAUCCAUUUUUAUUUUUCUCAACACAGUCAGGAAAUGCAUUUUCUCUUUGCAUUUUUGACUCAUUUUGAUCAAAAAUUUAUUUUUAAACUUAUACAGAAUUAAUUGAAAUCUGAGAAUUCUGAGUAAAUUACCUCAUCUUGGGGUUUACAUUAUAUGACAUCUAUGCGACAAACUGUUACUUUUUCACAAGGUAAAAUUACAAGCAUUUUCUCUGUUACUACAAAGAAAUACAUACCCUUGUGAAGCAAACUCCCAUGCAGAUAGUAGUGUUGAUCGCCACACAAUAGUCACAUUCUGGCUUUUCCACGAACAAUGUGAACUCUGUGGGAAGACACAUGGGAACAACUGGAUAAAUCAGCAGAAAAAGAACCCAGCAGCUGAACGCUGAUGUCUCCAUUUUCAGCCAGGUGGUUUACCCUUAACCAGGUUUGUUCCUGCAAAGUAAUGAAAGACAAGCAAAGCAAAAAACAUAGGAUUACAUCAAAUGACUUUUCUUUUCUUUGUUCAAAAGACUCAAGUUUAAGAGAUGCAGUCACUUACAGAUCUAGUAAUGUUCUGAGUCUGAACAUUCUAGAUGAACUGUAUAGAUAUAUAUACAAACAUAAUCUAAUCCAUGUUAAUCCAAGCCAUUAUCGUCUAUCUGUGACGAAAGAGGUGCACUGAACUUUUAGCCCAUUUUGUAGAUGACAUGAACAUAUUGAUGUUCUUAAUGAAUAACAUGAUGAAAACAACAAUGUAAUUCUGUCUGAAAGCAGUCUCUAAUCCAGUGUCCACUAGAUGUCACAAAGUGCCACAAAUCUUGUGCUAGAAACAAUGUGUAAGCUAUGAGGGGUUACAUAAGUCAAAGAGCGGGUUUAAGUCACUUUAUUCAAAACAAAUCAGCCGUUUUUGGAUUAAAAAUUAACAGAAGUUAAGAUGCAAUAAUGUCUUUGUGUGCAUUACUGUGUGUCUGAAUUAUGUUUUUGGUUGGUGUGAGUUAAAAACAGACGUCAGCAAAUAUGUAAGCUGGUAAAAACAAAUUGGCAGAGCACACACUUUUCAUUCAGCUUUAUCUAAUCUGCUUUCAUAGUGGGCAUUGGCAGUCAAGCCAUCGGUCGCAAAAAAACUACUGAUAAAUAAAAACUAGAAAAAAACACUCAACAAAAUGUUUAUAUUGGAACUUCUUAUCUGUAAUUUUGAGUAAUGAUUGGCCAGACUAGUCAAAGUGUCUUGGAAACAUUAAGUGAUUUUAAAGCAAAAUGCAGCAGUUUUGAACGCACUGAUGUUUCGGUGCUUAUCUACUGUUAGUUUUUAAUUCACUUGGAUUCAUACAGACAAACAAACACACAGUAAAUGUGUUUCAUGUAAAAUGGACAUGUUGACAAGGUUAUACUCAUUCCUCUCUUAUAUCACAAUUGUUUACACAGUAUUGUCAACAUCUCAUAAUAUUUAUCUUUGCACACUAUUAGACUUAUCCUUUAUCAGUGACAAAGAAUAAUGCAUGUCCGAGUGUGAAUCAGAGUUAGUGUAACAGGGUAACUCAUUGCUUUUCUACAUAAAUCUUACAUAAUAUAUAAAUCUAUAUAAAUCUUAUGAAAACAUUAUUAGCACCUGUCAUUAUUAUUAAACACUUAAAUUAUUGUUGCUUGUUCUACAGCAGAUGUACUAAAAUAUACAAUCUUAUGGUAGCAAAAACUUAUUUGACACAUACUUAAAAAGACAAAAGCUUAAAUCUUUAUAAAUAGUAUGUCUGAAAUUAUAUAUUUUUGUUCUAAGCUGAAUAUUCAUUUUACAAAUUAGUCAUUAUUUUUGAAACAACAUGCUGGAAAGGUAAUGAAAGAUGACAACACUAAGUAAAGUAAUAGUAUCACAAGUGACAAUAUGAUAUAGAGGAAGGAGUGAAGACCAAACCCUGAAGACUCAACUUUCCCUCCCCCUUGAAUUUUUUAUUUAACCAAAAGGUACUGUGUAACCAGGAGACACAAACAGCCCUACCAUCAAUGUGUCACCGCAUCACUUUAUUUUACACAGAAAAUAGAUUUACUGUCAGCAAAGAACCUUUUAAUUGUCACCAGUGCGCAACCAGAGACGCACCAACAGAUCGUUUUCUUUUAUAAUCUCUGAAAUUAUACCAGGCUUCACUGCCUUGUGUCCUUGAUGGAUCAUUAACCUAAGUGAACUAAUCUUUAUUGUCUGCUGGAUGCAUUAGAGCUGACCAGACUACUUCCAGUUGCAAGAGAGGUAGUGGAACUAUCAAUGAACUACUGAUCACUGAAGUGACAAAGUUAAGGUAAGGUAGAACUGAAGUCUUUAAGUGGUUGGAAGCAUCAACACUUUGUGAAGGUUUAAGGAGAUAUUUUUAAGAGUACAGGUAAGUUAAAAUGAAUGUGACAAUUUAUUCAAUAAAAAAGAAGCUUCUUUUCUAUCUUCAAUGUAGUUUUUUAUAAUGCUGUAAUGUUUUAGAUGUACCUUCAGCAAGAUUGUAUUUUCCAAAUAUAAUUUUUCUUUACUGUGAUUUUAGGUUCAAAGAAACUUCCACUUCUUUCGUAAAUCAACAAUGGUUGGAACAGGUGGCCCAGUGGCCACUUUCUCUCCUUGGGAUUAUGUGGUGUUUGCUGGAACGAUUGUGGGAGCAGCCAGCAUCGGCCUUUUCCAAGCCAUCAGGGGCCGGAAGGAGACCAGCAGUGCAGAGUUUUUGUUAGGUGGACGACAAAUGACAGCUGUGCCAGUCGCCAUGUCCCUGACAGCCAGUUUCAUGUCUGGCAUCACAGUAAUUGGCACACCUGCAGAGGCAUACCGGUUUGGUAUUGCCUUCUGGAUCUUUGGUUUUUCUUAUGCCAUCAUGUCUGUCAUCACUGCUGAAUUAUUUGUACCGCUUUUCUACCGACUUGGGAUCACCAGUGCCUAUGAGUACCUGGAACGGCGCUUCAAUCGGAUAAUCCGGAUGAUCGGAACAUCCAUGUACAUUGUGCAGACGGCUCUCUACACGGGCUUAGUUAUUUAUGCUCCAGCUCUUGCACUAAACCAAAUUACCGGGCUGGAUCUCUGGGGAGUGCUGGUGGCAACGGGGGUAGUGUGCAUCAUCUAUUGUACUCUGGGUGGCCUGAAAGCAGUUAUCUGGACAGACGUACUGCAGAUGGUGAUCAUGCUGGCAGGAUUUGUAGCUGUAAUAGCAAGAGGAGCCGUAGUACAAGGAGGUCUAGCGAAAAUUUGGGAAGAUGCUGCAGCAGGAGGCCGACUGGUAGCUUUUGACUUUGACCCAGAUCCUCUCAAGCGGCACACUUUUUGGACUAUAGUGAUUGGUGGUAGCAUAAUGUGGGUGUCUAUCUACUCAAUUAACCAGUCCCAGGUGCAGCGCUAUAUCUCCUGCAAAACCUUGGGACAAGCCAAGUUGUCUCUGUAUAUCAACAUGAUUGGUUUAUGGGCGACAGUGAGUCUUGCUAUGUUCUCUGGUCUUACAAUGUACUCCAUUUACAAGAACUGUGACCCACUUUUAAAUGGGGAUAUAGGUACUUCUGACCAGUUGCUGCCAUACCUUGUGAUGGAUAUUCUGGCAGUCUAUCCUGGAAUUCCAGGCCUGUUCGUGGCUGCAGCUUACAGCGGUACCCUCAGCACGGUGUCCUCAAGUAUUAAUGCUCUUGUUGCUGUCACUGUGGAAGAUUUCAUAUAUCCAUUCUACAAAGAUUUCACACAAAAACAAGUUACCUGGAUGAACAUGGGCCUGAGUGUGUUUUUUGGAUUCCUGUGUAUUGGAAUGGCUGGAGUUGCUUCAGCAAUGGGAAGUGUUCUGCAGGCAGCUCUGUCCAUAUUUGGCAUGAUCAGUGGACCUCUUCUUGGCCUCUAUCUAUUAGGCAUGCUUUUCCGCACAGCAAACUCAACAGGAGGACUGGGAGGAUUGAUCACUGGUCUGGCAUUAACUUUGUGGGUGGGAAUUGGAGCUCAGCUUUACCCUCCAACAGCUGACAAGACACUUCCCCUUUCACUCACCACUGUUGGCUGCAAUAAAACAGUGGACCUAAACAGCACAACAGCAUCUCCAUGGACCAGCCCAGCAACUCUGACUCCACAACCAGAUUUCAGGCCUCCUAUAGCAGACUCCUGGUAUUCUCUGUCCUAUGUCUACUUUUCUCUUUUUGGCAUGCUGACCACAAUGGUGUCUGGCCUGCUCUUGAGCAUAGUCACUGGCGGAUGCAAGCAAAAGAAGAUGAACUCUGAUCUCUUUGUGAGGAGGAGUGACUUGAUAUGCUUCAGUGGUUGCAACAAUUCAGAGGUAUCUGAUGAAAUGGAAAAAGCUCCAACAGACCUUCAUAUGGGAGUUGACAACAAAGCAUUUAUGGCGAUGGAUGUAAUGAAAGAGUCUGAAAAUGCCACAAAAUUAUAAUACUAUUAUCUUUACUCACUUUAUUAAACACAUCUAAAAUAAUUUAUGGAUUUUUUGUAAAAAAACAAAAAAAAAAAACAAAGACUUAACAAUGUUGUCUGUUAUUGAUCAUAUUGAAAACUUGCUAUGUUUUAUCCACUAUUUACACUCAAGAGUAAAAAGAUCAAAAUCAAAAACCAUUAUGUUCCUCAUUGGGUACUUAAAUAGAAAGGCAUUCAAACAGCGCCUGGCUAUCAUAUCUUUGUUUGCGUUGAUUAAGAUGCCUUCUGUUUUAUGUUUUAGUGGUGUUGUUGCAUUAUUGCUAUGUAACCUUUGCCAUUGUUUUGUUUAUAUAGAUGAUUUUUAAAAACAUAUUUACCUGGCAUUUAUUCUGCUUUUUACUCUGAAACAGAAAUACACUUGUGUUUUUAAAAUAUGUUGAAAGGCGUAAUAGUUUUGAACAUACCUUGACUUCUGCUUAUUUUUCUAUGAAAACUGUGCACUCUUCAUGAAAAAUCUGAAAAAUGUUUCUACUUAUUAAUAAAUAUUUUCUACUGUUCAAAUUUACCAUGACUUCAAAUGUUCACAUAACAUUCAGAUAAACUCACUUUA